AUGGCGAAGAGUUCUAUUACUUUUCUGUUUGCCUCCACCAAAGAAGGAUACGGAGCCUUGCACAACUCACCUGCAGCAGCAGCAGCAGCAGCAGCAGCAGCAGCAAAGGCAGCAGCAGCAGCAAAAGCAGCAGCAAAAGCAGCAGCAAAAGCAGCAGCAAAAGCAGCGGCAAAAGCAGCAGCAGUAGCAGCACAAGCAGCAGAAACAGCAGCAAAUGUUGCAGCAGUAGAAGUAAUAGUAGUAGUAGUAGCCGUAGCAGCAGCAACAGUGGCAGCAGCAGCAGCAGCAGCAGCAGUAAUAGGAGCAGCAUCAGCCGCAGCAGCAGCAGCAGCGACAGCAGCAACACCCGCUACAGCCAGAGAACUGCAGCAAACGGCAGGGGGCGACGAGAGGGUUUGUGUCUGGGUUGUCAUCUUCUGCUGCUUCACAGAGACAGAUGCGGCAGGCGGGCCUAGAGAAGAGACUGCUGCAGCAGCAGCAGCAGCAGCAACAGCAGCAGCAGCAGCAGCAGCAGCAGCGGCAAGUGAAGAAGCAGCAACAGCAGCAAGAGAGAAAGAAUAG